UUUUCUUGAACUCUGAUACCUCAUCUUUUAUUUUCGUAUAACAAAUAUAGUUUCAGAUUUUAACAAUGGCAUUGAAAUUUUGCAGGUUAAGCCUCGUUGCACUUUUGCUAGUGGUCGGAACUCUCAGGUUCCGAGCUACUAGUACCCGUGACUUGCAGGUGUAUUCCAUGCUCGAAAGGCACGAAAAAUGGAUGAGUCACCAUGGGCGCGUAUACAAAGAUGAUGUUGAAAAGGCAGAGCGAUUAAAGAUAUUUAAAGAAAAUGUCGAUUUUAUCGAGUCAUUCAACAAUGAUGCUGUUCAUUCUUACCAGCUUGGCGUCAAUAAAUUUGCAGAUCUAACUAAUGAAGAGUUUCAAUCUAUGGUUGGUAGAUAUAAUCUAUCUUUCCUUCCAAAGACAUCGAAUUUGCAAUCAUUUAGUUACGAAAGUGAAAAUUCCAGUCCUGAUAGUUGGGACUGGAGAGAGCAGGGUGCUGUUACUCCUGUUAAGGACCAGGGUAAAUGUGGGUCAUGUUGGGCAUUUUCAGCAGUAGCAGCAGUAGAAGGACUGAACCAGCUAAAAACUGGCAACUUAAUUUCACUAUCAGAACAACAACUUCUAGAUUGUGAGUCCACAAACAACAACGGUUGUGGAGGCGGCGUCAGGAACGAAGCAUUCCUAUACAUAGCAGAAAACGGAGGGCUCACAACAGAAUCAAAUUACCCAUACACUGGAAUUCCUGGAACUUGUAAUAGCGAAAAGGCGGAAUCAGCGGCCGUAACAAUUUCGAGCUACAAAACAGUGGAUCCAAGUGAAUCAGCAUUGUUACAGGCAGUAGCAAUUCAGCCAGUCUCUGCAGGCAUAAAUGUUGGGAGUGACAAAUUUCGAUUUUACAAAGGUGGAAUUUUCAGUGGGGAAUGUGGGGAGAGUUCACAUCAUGCAGUUACAGUGGUAGGGUAUGGAACAAGUGAGGAUGGUAGUAGUAAUUAUUGGUUGGUGAAGAAUUCAUGGGGAGAAAAUUGGGGUGAAAGUGGAUAUAUGAGAAUGGCUAGAGAUGUUGUGGAUGGUGGAGUUUGUCGCCUUGCUACUCGAGCUUCUUUUCCUACUGCUUAGUGUCAGGCAGAGGAUUUCACAACUCUCUUUUAUCUCAACACGCAUAGCCAUGUACCCUCCUAUUAUCUUAUUCAUCGAUUUUUAUGAUUACACCG